GGUGUGGUCCUUGCCAAAGCUUUGCACCCAGACUUGAAGCAAAAGUAACUGGACAGGGCGGAAAGAUUUUAUUAGCAAAAAUCAACGUGGAGGGAGGGGCAAGUUCCCUAGCCGAACAGUUUGAAGUUACUUCAAUCCCAACAAUUGUGUGCUUUAAAAAUGGGGAAUUUUUUGAUAGAAUUGAGGGGGCUGUUGAAGAUGUUGAUUUGGAUGGUCUUUUGGAAGAUUUGUUAAUGUCUGGGGAAGAAGGGGAGGAGGAGGGAGAAGGAGGAGGAGAAAGUUCUUGCCUUUAAUUAAAUAAAGUAUUUUUAAAAUGACGGUUAUUGCAGGAUUAUUUGAAGUCACAGCUACAGAUGUUGUAUUGCUCAUUCUCUUCAUUUAUGUUGUUUAUAAAUUAUUCUUCAAAAAACACCCAGUAAUCGAACCCCCAACACAAGAAAAGGUUUACCAAGUGGAAAAGAGGGAUAUGACUGUUGAAGAACUUAAAGGUUACAAUGGGGUGGAAAAUGAACGGAUUUACAUGGCUCUGAAUGGAAAUAUUUAUGAUGUUACAAGAGGAAAGGAUUUUUAUGGUCCACAAGGAGCUUAUGGAGCACUCGCCGGUCACGACGCUACACGCGCCCUGGGUACAAUGAAUAUUAAACUGGUCAAAGACGAAUAUGAUGACCACACAGGAAUGACUGCAGACGAUUUAGAAGAGGCCAAAGAAUGGGAACAACGACUUUCUUUCAAAUAUCCGUUGGUUGGACGUUUAUUGGCACCGGGGGAGUCAACUGGAGAGGCAUUGGAAGUGGAAAAACCUCAAGAAAAAAUUCAAGAAGAACCUCAAAAAUAA